CAGAGGGUGUGAGCUUCCGAGGUUCGAGGCAAUUAAUUUCACUGUAGCUCGAUACUCCAGACUAAAUCUCCGUGACCCAGCGGCAAAGAGGACUCGGGACAGCAGGUGCAUAUACAUAGACCGGUGGGGUCUCCCCGCCCCUGCUCCGCCCCUGUCCGGUCUCCGUUUUGGUGCGCAGCCCGGACUCCUCUGCCUGGUGUGGAGGCGAAGCGCUGGCUCCCCGCCCCUUCUCUCUCUCCGCCGCUCCCUCCCACUCCCACCCCCACCCCUCUCCUGACCGCUGGAGAUACUGGCAAGGGUAGCGAGUGACUUGAUCUGAAUGUAGCCCAGAAUCCGCCGAGACCAGGCAUGGGUCUUGCACCAAGGAGAGGGCGGCGACUGGAGGUAGAGGGCGGGUGACAAAUUUUCCCUCAGCACUCAGUCUGUGCUCCCAGAGUACGCGGAGCCAGGAUCAUCUCAGUUCCUCAGCCCCAGGAGGGGAUCUGUUCCGGAACUGUGGGCCAAGGAAGAGCGGCUAGUGAAGGUAGCCGCCCCCGCAGUGGCAGUAAGGCUUGGGCAGCAGCAGGUGGCUUCCCCUGGAACUCAGAGCCAGAAGUCCCUGGGGCCUCAUGGGCACAAGCUGCCCGGGUGCGGUGCGCUAAGACGCACGGCGGAGAGCGCUGAGCCUCCCUGGUGUCACACGGGCCGGACACUGAUGGACCCCGGGGUCAUCGGGCGGAGCCUCCGGGCGCCUCCACCGCCGGCACCGCCUCCGCUGCUGCUGCUGCUGCCUGCGCUGCUGUGGCUGCAGGUGGCCAGCCCAGCCUCUGCCUUUUCGGAAAACCUGCUGACCGCCCCGGGGGUGAUGGGGACCAGUCCGGUCCCCGCCAGCCCCGGGAGCGUGGUGGCUCCAGGAACGACCCCCUUCGAAGAGAGCCGGCUGCCGGUGUUUACCCUAGAUUAUCCCCAUGUGCAGAUUCCCUUCGAGAUUACCCUCUGGAUCCUGCUGGCUUCCUUGGCCAAGAUCGGAUUUCACCUUUAUCACAAGUUGCCCACAAUAGUGCCUGAAAGCUGCCUUCUCAUCAUGGUUGGACUUCUGCUAGGUGGGAUUAUAUUUGGAGUAGAUGAAAAGUCUCCACCUGCAAUGAAGACAGAUGUAUUUUUCUUAUAUCUCCUUCCGCCUAUUGUUCUUGAUGCAGGAUAUUUUAUGCCAACUCGUCCUUUCUUUGAGAACAUUGGCACCAUAUUCUGGUAUGCUGUUGUAGGGACCCUUUGGAAUUCCAUUGGCAUUGGGAUCUCUCUGUUUGGCAUCUGCCAGAUUGAAGCAUUUGGCUUGACUGACAUCACUUUGCUACAGAGCCUGCUUUUUGGCAGCUUGAUUUCAGCUGUGGAUCCCGUGGCUGUGCUUGCUGUCUUCGAAAACAUUCAUGUCAAUGAACAACUUUACAUCCUGGUAUUUGGAGAGUCACUGUUGAAUGAUGCUGUCACAGUGGUGCUGUACAAUUUGUUCAAGUCUUUUUGCCAGAUGAAAACAAUAGAGACCAUUGACGUGUUUGCUGGAAUCGCGAACUUCUUUGUGGUGGGAAUCGGGGGGAUAGUGAUUGGAAUCUUGUUGGGCUUUAUAGCAGCAUUUACCACCCGUUUCACACACAAUAUCCGAGUGAUUGAGCCACUCUUUGUCUUCCUAUACAGCUACUUAUCCUACAUCACAGCAGAAAUGUUUCACCUCUCAGGCAUCAUGGCGAUCACAGCUUGUGCUAUGACCAUGAAUAAAUAUGUGGAAGAAAAUGUAUCUCAAAAAUCUUAUACAACUAUCAAGUAUUUCAUGAAGAUGCUGAGCAGUGUCAGUGAGACCCUGAUCUUCAUCUUUAUGGGAGUGUCGACGGUGGGAAAAAAUCACGAAUGGAACUGGGCCUUUGUCUGCUUCACCCUGAUCUUCUGUUUGAUCUGGCGUGCACUAGGUGUCUUUGUUUUGACUCAGAUCAUUAACUGGUUCCGGACAAUACCUCUGACUUUUAAAGAUCAGUUCAUCAUUGCCUAUGGAGGACUACGAGGGGCCAUCUGUUUUGCUCUGGUCUUCCUGCUUCCUGCUGCAGUGUUUCCCAGAAAGAAAUUGUUUAUUACAGCUGCUAUUGUUGUCAUAUUCUUCACAGUCUUCAUUCAGGGAAUAACUAUUCGGCCUCUAGUGGAGUUUCUUGAUGUGAAGAGGUCAAAUAAAAAACAGCCAGCUGUCAGUGAAGAAAUUCAUUGCCGGUUUUUUGAUCAUGUAAAGACUGGGAUUGAAGAUGUAUGUGGGCAUUGGGGUCACAAUUUUUGGAGAGAUAGAUUCAAAAAGUUUGAUGAUAAAUACCUGAGGAAGCUUCUGAUUAGGGAAAACCAACCCAAGUCAAGCAUUGUUUCAUUGUAUAAGAAGCUGGAAAUAAAGCAUGCAAUAGAGAUGGCAGAGACUGGGAUGAUAAGCACAGUGCCAUCUAUUGCUUCUCUAAAUGAUUAUCGUGAGGAAAAAAUAAGAAAACUGACCCCUGGUGAAAUGGAUGAGAUACGACAAAUAUUGUCAAGGAAUCUCUAUCAAAUACGACAGCGUACUCUGUCUUAUAAUAGACACAACCUGACCACAGAUACAAGUGAAAGGCAAGCCAAAGAGAUUCUGAUCCGUCGUCGGCAUAGCUUGAGAGAAAGCAUAAGGAAAGACAACAGCUUGAACCGAGAUAGACGGGCAUCUACUUCAACAUCUCGGUAUUUGUCUCUACCUAAGAACACUAAACUUCCAGAGAUGUUGAAAAGGAGACAUAAUAUGUCUAAUACAGAUGGCAAUAGCAGUGACUCUGAUCCAGAUACUGGGACCACAGUGCUCAAUUUGCAACCCAGGGCAAGACGUUUUUUGAUGGACCAGCAUCAGAAGGCUCAGCAGCAAUACCGAAUGGAAUGGAGAAACGAAGUGCACGGAGACGCCAGCAGAGGGCAGCCCUCCAUCACCUUAACUCCCCCCAGCUCAGCGGUCCAAGCACAGACCCCAGGUGUGCUCCGGCAGCCUUUGCUCUCCAAAGCCAGAUUUGGCACUGUGAGAGAAGAAGGCUUGACUGAUGGCAAAAGACCCGUGCCUCCCCCCAGGCUAGUCAGGCGGGCUUCCGAGCCUGGAAACCAGAAAAACAGAUAUGGAAUUGAUAACCCUUAGUGGAAACAGCCAAACCAGGACUGUGGUGACUCGCCUAACACAUCUGUAGCUUAUUAUCCUGAAAACUGACAGAACAAUUGAAUCCAUUUUAAACUCACUAAGGAUCGGGAUAUUUUCUGUGGGAGGCAGGGCCGAGCCAUCUAUUUAAUGGGAUGAAAUGAAAAGCCCAGAAGGAGGAAAACAGACAAAGUAAAGAAAGAAAGGGGGGGAAAAAACAAACAGAAAGCAUCUUUUAUGAGUAGCUUCUAGCAAUUGCAUUCUUUCCAGGCUCGGAAAAAAUAAAAGUGUGCCUUUAAUGGUUCUGGAAUUGAAUAACAGAACUAAAAUAUGUUUAGCAAACACCAUUGAUGGUGAAAAUGCAUAUUCAAGCUUUUAUUUAUGAAACUUUCUUUUCAUCUAUAAUCCAUGUCUAAAGGAAUAGCAGCCCAAAAUGUUUUAAAAAUGCAUAGAAUAUAUAUUUUGGGAAAAAAAAAGUAGAACUAUAUGGCACUGUUUUUGAAGGAUGGCAAGUCUGUCAUCAGUGGUUGGGGGAGUUUCCCAUAAUGCAAUGGGGCAGCAAAAAUUAUCUUUCAGAACAGCAUUCAACUAGAGCAUUCACACGCCUCAAUCAGGAAAUUCAUCAGAUAAGCUACAUGGACAAAAGUGGCCUGGCUGUCAUCACAUGACCUUAGGGUCAUAUGACAGUCCCACCCCCCCCCACCCCCCCAACAUAUCUCAGUUUGUUCCUCUAUGUGAAAAUUGAAUCUCCACUUUUUGUUUACCUGGUGCAAACAGACUUACUGGGCAGUGUAGGGGAGAGAUGGCACAUGGCAGGUUGCAGACUCACCUGCCUGCAAUGUUCUAUGAAGUUCCAUCCACACCAUUUGUAGGCAGUGUGUGGGGCAACAGGGCAUCUCAGAGUUCCAUGUGUUUACAUUGUAUUGGUCGAUGACUUAAACUGUGCAAUAUUAGGGAGGAUGCAGGCAGCCCUGGAUCCAAGGCCACCUGCUAUUAUGUCUAGAAUUGCCCUUUUAGGGGUUUUAGGACAACGACUCCAGGUCAUUAGCAUCAAGUUGAGUAGGAUGACAGGUGGUGAAUUAUGCUUCAAAAUUUUACAAUGAGAAAACGCUCAUGGCUUGUUCGUAGAUUUUUACCCAGAAGAUAGUUUCACAUAAGAAUUUAGAAUAAUCUGCUAUACCUACUUUAAAAUAACAAAAACAAAAAUGACUAGCCUAGAGAUGGUUACAAAUAAAGCAAAUGCAAUUAUAACUCAAUAUUUUUCCAUCUAAAUUAAACCCUAGAUAUAUGAGUAAUCUAAGGAUAAAUUAAGAAUAUGUGAGAUUAAAGUAUAUCUAAUUGAUAUUUUGGUUCAUUAUUCCUUGUAACAUAAUUUUGUCUCGGCCUUCUCUUCUUGCUUAAUAAUACCCUUUUUUAACUUGACUGGUACUAAGAUGUAGACAAAUUAUGUUCACAUAUAAGACUGGAAUUCUGACAGAGGGUCCCCAGAUUUCACACAGAUAAAAAACUGAAAGGAAUACAAAGACUUGACUUGGAUUACUGAGAAAAGUUUUGAAAAUGGGUAUGGAUUAAAGGUUCAAACAGAGAUUAAUUUGCUUGUGGAAGUCUUCUUCAUUGUUUCUCCUACCCAGACCUUGAACACCUGAAACAUGGUUGGGUGGAGCAUGAGAAGCAAUGUGAUCAACCCAGAACAAAUAUGUCUGUCAGGACCACACUUUGUUUUCAGAAUUUCUAGAGAUGCCUUGUUGGAUACUCAGGUUAUGUGUAAAAAAAAAAAAGUUUUUAAACCACUUUGGCUUUUGGGCUUAGUGCCAAAAAAUUUUUUUUUUCCCAAAAACCAACAUUAGAAAAAAUCCCACCAGAAUUUUAAACAAAAAUAGGUAUUUAUAGAUAUUUUUGGUAAAGAGAAAAAAUAGAGUUGGUUUAUAGAUUUUUGAUGAAGGUAUAUAAUGAAGUUUAAGAGAUUUGUGAUAUAUUUUUAACAAAGCCAAGUGAUAUGGUUUUCAGAUUAGUAUAGAUGAAGACAUAAUUUAAAAUGUAUAGAGAAUGAAGGAGAAAGGGAAAACGACCAUGCCACUUUCCCAAGUUUUCUGACUUCACAGUUUUCAUGUAGGAUUAUAAAGCGGGAACAGGGAAAUCUUUAUAACUAAUUUGUUACUUUUUAAAGAAGAAAAAAAUCAACUUUCACUUCUGAAUAUUCACAUUAUGAACUUGCAUGUCAUUUGAAAAUUAUUUUUAUAAAGAAAGGACAAGCGUAAGGUGUUUUAAUCUGUAAUUUGAAAAAAACCAGUGCCUUGCACAUAGCUAGUAAAUAUCUGUUUAAUUGAAUUAAUAUAAAUGGUUACUUUUUCCUGUUUGAAACAAAAGCAAGUUAGGAGGUAGUUACCUAAGCUUGCCUCUACUCCCCCCCUCCCCCCCCCCCCCCCCCCCCCCGCCGCCAUUAGCUAUUACGAUAGCGAUUGUCAUCUUUAGUGCUCAUGUAGGGAAUUCUAGGAAAUGUAGAAAGCAGAGUGUACAAGUCUUACUACAACACUUACCUUUAAACAACUAUCAUUUUAACAGAAUAUCUGCAUAACAAAAAGAUUGCCAAACCUCAGCUAAGGGCUCACUUAUUUCCAGCAUUAUUUGACAACCAAAUUCCAGUACAACAACCAACAAAAUCUGUUUAUCCUUUGGAGGUUGAUGUAACAGAAUUUAACCUGUAUUACAUACAGGCCUUUCUUCUACCCACAUCCUGCUGAGGGCUCAUUCUGAGGCAUUCUCUAACUGAAAACAGAUAUAAAUUAGGUUUUUGUUCUUUUGGAACAAUUUAUUCAAAAAUGCCACAUUGAGAUGGCUUUCUUUAGAUAUUGCAGAUUGUGUAUUUUGUAUCAGUCAGCCUUUGGUAACUUCAGGAUUCCACCCAGCUGUCUGGGAGACUUUUUUUAGUUUAGAUGAUACUUUGUAGUGAGAUUGGACAUUAACUGGGAAAGGGAGGGGAUUGUUAAUUUAUAUUUUAAAUUUUUUGAAUUAAAAUGUAUAGAAUCACAUUAAUUUAUUACUUAAGCAUAUUUUGCAUUUGUUGCACUACCCAAGUUCUAUUUAUAUUGAAAUUGGCAUUUAAAUAUCUAUUGUAAAAACUGUAAUGUUUUUGUUGAUUGGGAAAUGAAGUUUGUCUCUAUUCUGUAAGGAAUGAUUAAAGAGUUUGCUUUAUUCAA